GCUACCGCUUUCCCUACCGAACCACCCUCUCAUUUCUGUCAACAAGGUGUAGCAUAUCGAGUCUCUGCUUCAAUGGCUCCCCGUCAUGCGGUAGCUGCGCUUCUCUUCGCUCUCGCCCUGGCGAGUGUCGAGCUCUCGACCUGCAUCGUCUUGAAGGGCAAGGUUUCUUGCCUCGACUGCCAUGAUCAAAAGACUGGCUUGUCAGGAAUCAAAGUCCUGGUGAAGUGCGACAAGAUCAAGAAGCUCGUGACAGCGACCACCAAGGGCAACGGCUACUUCGAGACCGGACUCCACUCGGCACACACUUCACUCCCCUCGUCGAACUGCCUCGCCAAGGUCCUAGGAGGCCCUCGCCCGCUCUACGCCACCAGGAAAAGCAUGGUCUCGAAGAUAGUCAAAGCCCAUGACAACGCAGGGCGCUCCUACUUCACUACCUCGACUCCCCUCGCCGUCUCCAUGGCCUGCCCUAAGGAGAAGGCCUCCAACUGCGGAGACUCUGCCAAGUUUGGCUCUUCCAAAACCGUCGACUUGCCUGUCCCGAGGGAGUGGGGCUUGGCUCCGACGAGCUACUACGCGCCGUUCAUCCCCAUCAUAGGAAUCCCUUAAGUAAUGUCACUUAAAAAACUGUGAGACGAAUAGUUAAGAAUGUUUUUUUAAGGUUCCUUGUCAUGUGUGGUGUUGUGUUAGUAGUUUUCCUACAAAGUCAUAUGUUUAUGGGAAUGGACUGUUGAAGAUAUCUUAGGUGGUAUUUACUGAGGUUUCUCUUGGGCAAUCCUAGGAUGUAAUAUCUGUGAUGGCAGGUUGAAAAAUCAUAUAUAUAUAUAUAUAUAAAGAGAGAGAGAUAUAGUUGAAGCUUGUUAAAUUUAA